GCUGUUUUAGUCGUGGAUGUCAUACUGAGAAUUGUUUCUAUGCGUGUACUGAUGGAUCGUGGUCGGCGACUAUUACCACAGGUCAGUUCGGACAGGAAUCGCUGACGUUAGAUAGAACAACGUAGAGUAAAGUGGCAACGUAUUGAGGUGAAAGCGGAGCCAUGAAGUAUACCUGUUUCAUGCAGUCUGUAGUGUCGCCGUGUAUUAUUAUUAUUGUCGUUUACGCGGCAAGUGUGUAUUCCAGACUGAACGACACCGAACAGAAUCCGUUCUAUUCUGCGUCCAAUGCAUUGGUCGGACAAGAUAAUAGCGUACUGCACCGCGAGUGGUGGAUCAAACAAAUGUACCCUAAUCCACAGACGUUCGAUGGGUCCAUGGAAUGUGGUCGCAGAGGAAAUAUCUCCUGGAUAUGCGACCCGAAUGGGAUUUUAACAGCAGAACAAGCUGAUAGCAUAGAAAUGGACCUGGAUGAAAUACGUCGGUUAACAGCAUGUACGUGCCGGGCAUGCAGUUCAGAUGAAAUCAUACUGGGAGACGAGGAAUAUUAUGGAUUUACUAUUGGUGUAGCUUUGGUUGCAAAAAUUAUGCCAACAAUGAAGCCAGGAGACGAACAAACUGACGAAGAUUUGACAGCAGAAGCUCAGCAAUGGGCUGAAUAUUUAUUACACGAUUCAUGGAAACUAGGGAAUUGUGGCAAUGAUGCUGUGGUUUUCAUUUCCAAAGAGGAUAACAAAUGUUAA